AUGAAGAGAACAUACAAAUCCAUCAAAGAUCAUAAUUCUAAGUCAGGAAAUAAUCCUCGGUCUUGGCCUUACAUUGAGGUGAUGGAAUCUUUGUUAGAAGAAAAACCUUUUAUGAAUCCUAUUGCUCUGGCUUCCUCUUCAAAUCAAGCUUGUAUACAGAAUGAGAGUAGUGACUCUUUACUCGACAGUGACACUUCUACUGGCUCUUCACACUCACGCAAAAGGAAGACUUCUCAACUUGCGGACGUCAUUAUGAAAACCCGAAAGAUUGCCGAAGAAAAUAAACUAAAACACCAUCAGCAGAUAAUGAAUCAGCGAGGUGAAAUCUUAAAUGCAUUAAAUAAGCUUAUUGAUAAAUUGCAAAUCAAAUGGAAGCAUAGUAUGGAGAUGAUACAUCUGUGA